AUGUUUCAGCGCUUGCGCGACGCCAUUGACGGGCGCAUAGCUGAAGAACAAGCCCGUCAAAAAACAGCUCAGGAAAACCUCUCGCGAUCUGCGUCCGCGCGCCGACCGAACAGCAACCUGUCCGCCGGCCAGCGAACCCGCCCAAGACGACACUCUGGCACUCCCGUCCGCGGCCCCGAUCCUAAGGAGUUCGAGGCCGAGUUCGCCAUCGGCGACGAUGAAAGCUCGAGUCGCUCAGCCACGCCUCGUGUCGAUACGCCGGAUGGCGGCUCGGAGCUGAACGAGGGUGCCACCGAGUCUGACCCCAAGGAGACCGAUACCGCGGACGCCAAAACCGAGACCCAGAAGACAGACAAGUCGGAGAAGACUGAGAAAACCGAGAAGGAGCCGACUUCAGCCCCCAGUACCGAGCCCACGAACCAGGCGCCAUCUGAGCUGCCAGCGGAAGUCAAAGGAAAAUUGCGGCGACUCGAUAAGCUCGAGACUCGCUACCAUGAACUUCUCAAGGCAUACCGUGUGGCUCACUCGCGGGUCCUCUCCAUCGAACCCUUUGAAGCGGCCCUGCGUGAGAACACUCCCCUGACCUCAAUCGGCGAACCAAAGGCCUUGACCGAAUAUCUCAACCAAACCUCGCUGAAAACUGACAUGGUGAUGGACGAACUGAAGCGUGUUUCCACUGAGCGUGAAGACUUCAAGAAGAGGCUCGAGGAGGCCCAGAAAUCUGCCAAAGACGCCUGGGACGAGGUGGCCGGACUGAAAGAGAAUAAAGAGCAGACACCGGCGGAGGAGGAGAAGAAGUCUACCGAGGAGAACAAAGAGACCAGUGAGGAGUUCUUCUCGUUUGACAACGAAGUACCCCGCCUGGAGGGUGAAUUGAAGGAGCGCGAGGAGGAGAUCGAGACUCUCAAGACCGAGGUUGAGAAGCUCAAGAAAGAUCUGUCCGUCACUCGCGAGUCCACAGAAGGCAUGGUUCAAAAUCUGGAAACCUCUACUCGAGAAUUGGUCGAGCUGCGUGAUACCAAGGAUAAGUUGGAUGCUGAGAUCGAGGAGCUCAAGACGUCUAAGCAAAAGGACAUCGAUGGUCUCAAGAACAAGCUCACCUCUGCUGAAAGCUCUCUCGAAAAGGCCACCACCGAAGCUGAGCAGCUGAAGACCGAUCUCCAGGAUAAGGGCAAUCAAAUCGAGAAACUCCAGGCCCAGGUCUCCAAUGCCGACAAAUCGACCAAGACUGAGCCAGAUGCCGAUGUCGCUUCAAAACUGGAGCAAGCCAACAAGGACAAGGAUGCCAGCCAGAAGAAGCUCGAUGUUCUUCAACGUCUGGUAGACAGCCUCCGAAAUGAGCUCAAGGAGUCGACAUCAACCGUUGAGGAACUCAAGAAGGAGGUCAACAGGAAAUUCGAACUAGGUAAGCUCUAUGGUUUCUUGGAUAGUUUCGCGCAAGCAACGCGGACUGAAGAUGUCUGGAGACAAGCUAAACUGGAACUCGCAGAGGCUGAUAAAGAGGGACCUGCUGGCAGCAGCACUGCUGCUGAGAAGCCCUCGGAGCCGGAAGCUAGCACAGCUGCCGAGCAGAAAGCCGCACCUGCUGCAGCCGCUACCGGUGGUGUCAGUGGAGGGGGCAAGAAGAAGAAUAAAAAGAAGAAGAAGGGCGGCAAGGCCGCUGAGGAGCCCGCGAAGCCAGCCGAGACUCCUGAAGAAAAAGAGAAACCUGUUGAAGCUGAGCCCUCUCUAACCUCCGGUGAACUUGGCGAACUCAGACAGAAGAUAGAGUCGCUCACGCAUCUCCUCGAGGAGAAGGAGGCGGCAAUUGAUCGCCUCAGCGCGAAGCUGAAGGGCGAAGAAGACCUGAAGGAAGAGAUCGAGUCUCUGCGUGAUGACCUGGUCAAUGUGGGACAGGAACACGUCGAAUCCAAGGACAAGAUCAAAGAGCUUACAGCCGAGAAGUCAGCUCUCGAAGAGACCAUCAGCAAGUUGGAGAAGGAGCUGGUUGAAAUUCGUACGAGCAGCGAGUCCAGUACGGCCGACUCUGCGAAGAUGCACACCAGCUUGAAAGAGGAAUUCGAGACCCUCAAGGUCCGGGCGGCCACUCUGGAGACCGAUCUCUCAGCUGCUCAACAGCUUGCAGCCACGCGGUUUAAGGACCUUACGGAUCUGCGCGAAACCCUGCAGAAGAUCCAGCCUGAGCUCCGUGACCUCCGCGCCGAGUCUUCAGAGCUAAAGAACUUGAAGGAGACACUUUCGAACAAGAACACCGAGUUGAUUGCCCUCGAAGCGAAACACGAGGACCUGCGCGCCGAAUUGCGCAGCUCCAAGACAAAGAUUACGGAGAGAGAUACAGAGGUCAAGACCCUGAACAAGAAAAUUCGACAGGAGACCGAUAGUCGUCUCAAGGCCGAGGAAAAUCUUACACUCGCCCAGUCUGAUCUCCGGUCUGCCGAGACCAAGAAGCAAGAGGCAGUUAAUGCCAAAGAAAAGACGGCAGGAGAACUGUCCAAAGCCCAAGAUGGCCUGAAGAACUCUCGUACAAAGAUGCGUGAAAUGGACGAGCAGCUGGCACAAGUGGCCAAGGAACUGGAAGGCCUCCGCGAGGAGAUCUCUCUGAAGACGGCCCAGCACGCCAGUGCGCAGAGCCUGAUGAACAGCAUGCGCGACCAGACCUCGGAGGUGGCCAUGCAAAUGAAGGAGGCGCGCGAGAAGUGCGAAAGUCUCGAAGAAGAACUGGCCGAUGCUCACCGUCUGCUGAAUGAGCGAACUCGCGAGGGUGAGAGCAUGCGCCGUCUGCUCAACGACAUCGAGGGCCGCACCGAGUCCAAGGUCCGCGAGCUCAAGGAGCGCAUGGAGGAGGCUAUUGAAGAGCGUGAUCGUGUCGAGGAAGAGGCCAACACCCAAGGUCGUCGUCGCGCUCGAGAAAUCGAGGAUCUCAAGUCCUCGCUGCGCGACACUGAACGAGCCCUGCGCUCCCAAGAACGGGAUAAGGAGGAUCUCAUGCAGUCGCACAAGGACUGGCAGCGUCGUCGAGACGAGCUGGAGCUUCUUACUGAGCAAUCUACGCAAGAGGCGGAAGAAGUGCGUCAGGCGAUGGCCGGACUUCGUGAUCAACUGGACAGCAGCGAGAAACAAGUGCGCGAUUUGGAGAAGGACAAGGCCGAGCUCCGUCGUUCCGUGGAGGAGAUUAACAGCCGCCUGGAGAAACUGCGUCGUUCUCACCAGACCCUCGGUGAAGACGUUCGUCUGCGUGGAUCUCCUUCCGGACGCCAGUCAUCGCGAUCAUCGAUGGACUCGGGAUCCCGACGGGGUCUUGCCUCGCCCGUUGGAAAGGAGCGGAGUGUUUCAAUUCAACGCAGUGAGACGCCAAUUGACGCUCGCAGUGCCAAAGAGAUUGACUACAUGUACUUGAAGAACGUCCUCCUGCAGUUCAUGGAGCAAAAGGACAAGAACUAUCAGAAGCAGCUGGUUCCUGUCCUGGCAAAGCUCCUCCACUUUGAACCAGCGGACGAACAAAAGUGGAUGUCGGCCAUCAUGUCUCGAUGA